AUGAGAUCCCCAUCCCUCAACAGCGCCGCGACAUCCACAUUCAACGGACUUUCCGGGCGCGGAUCACUCAGCAACUGGUGGAUGGCGGACAGCGUGGAGCUCAGUGUGUAUGCCGGCGUCCAGUGCUCGGUGGUUAAGAGGGUGAGGCAGAUUUCGCCGGUGGUGAAGGAGAUGUUGGGGUGGCAGAUGGGGGUCUUGAAGGAAAUGGUGGGCGGGGAGAGGGGGGAGUGCCCGGGACGCCUUUCAGGACGGCUUCCCAGCGGAGAAGGUCGUCGUCGGAGAUGGGGCCCAGAUGGAGGAGGGCUUCGUUGGGCGAGGUUUGGUAUUCGGCUAGUUCGCGCAGGAGGCGUUUGGUGGUGCUUGCAGAGGCCAUCGUGGUCGUGCUUCUGUGUGAGCUGUCUGAUAAAAUGGUCGAAAAGCGCAAGUUCUCGUCGUCCCGAAUCUGUUUUGUUUGUUUGUCCCGAGGCUCUUUGGGCUUGGCGCACGUGGCCCGGGGGUGGCUGGAGCUGGUCGCCCUGUGGCGGUGCAUGGGGCGGUGCGUCAAGGUUGAAAAGCUUCAGCGGACGACAGUCGACACAACACAUGCACGCGUGUCUGUCUCUUGUUCCGCGACUGCGAUUGCCAACGGGCUUUGUCUGUGUGAUGGGAGCAUCUCGACUAUCUAAGCGAAUGACAAACCCGGUUGACUCCUUGUCUACUCGUCGAGUAACCCGGCGCACUGCGGCAUCGUCGACGACAUCAAGCUACUUUGACAGCUCGAGAGGAACCCGACGGACACUUGCUACGCACACCGCUAUUGUGAAAGAGGAGGUUGUUAGUGAUGUGGAAGCGCGAAAUGGGAAUGGGUCCGAGGACGAUGACAGUUCCAUUCUUUCUGAAGCUAAUACAGCCGACAUUGAAGACCUGUUGAAACCAGAACCCAGCCCACAAUCAACCUCGAGAAAGCGGAAACGAAGUUCCGCGGUGAAAACAGAAGAUGGCGUUGCUACAAAUGGUGCUCCGUCUCCCAAAACGCAGCUGCGGAAGCCCAGAAAGGUCGCUGUGAAAGAAGAGUCCGCCCAAAGCACCGCGUUUCCCAAGAAAAAGGCAAAGUCUCGCAAACCGGCUCCUGCUCCUGGAUCCAUCCCACCGCCGCCAAAUUGGGAGGAAAUGUACAGUCUCAUCAAAGAUAUGCGACUCAAAAAUCCUACCGCGCCCGUCGACACCAUGGGUUGCGCCGAGUUAUACUGGCGCAAUUCCACAGAGCAGGAACGGCGCUUUCACAUCCUCGUUGCCCUGAUGCUAUCCUCCCAGACAAAAGACACGGUAACGGCCGUCGCCAUGCACCGCUUACACACUGAACUAGGUCCAGAACACGACGACCGCGACGCCAACACUCCGGACACAAAGGCCGUCGCCCAGUGGGACACCAGCACCCACUCCACUGCCCGCUCAACCCUCACGAUCGCCAACAUCCUCCGCGUCCCCGCACCCCGACUCAACCAACUGAUCCACUCCGUCGGCUUCCACAACCUCAAAACCAAAUACCUCCAAACCACCGCCUCUCUCCUCCAAGCCCACCACGACUCCGACAUCCCCCGCACCGCCGCCGAUCUCAUGAGUCUCCCCGGCGUGGGGCCCAAAAUGGCAUAUCUGUGCAUGAGUUCUGCGUGGGGAGUGGACGACGGGAUCGGUGUGGAUGUGCAUGUUCAUCGGAUUACGAACUUGUGGGGGUGGGUGCGGACGAAGACGCCGGAGGAGACGAGGGUGGUGUUGGAGGCGUGGUUGCCAAGGGACAAGUGGAGGGAAAUCAAUUGGCUGUUGGUGGGGUUGGGGCAGACGGUGUGUUUGCCGGUUGGGCGGAGAUGUGGAGAGUGUGCAUUGGCGGGUACAGGGCUGUGCAAGGGGGAGAUCAAGGGGAAGGCCGCUGUGAGCGUGAAGCGGGAGAGCAAGGUCAAGAUGGAGAUAAAGAUGGAAGACGAGGGGUGA